GAGGGACAGCAAGCUGCAUAUGGACUGGCCUUGUAUCCUGUUCCAUCCAAAGACCCCAACGAUCCUCUCACAUGGUCGAAGCGGAAAAAGUUCACUAUCUUGUUACUCGUUUCUAUCUACUCGUUCCUAUCGAAUGGCGCACUAUUCGGGCCAAGUGUGUAUGUCAAUUAUCUUGCCGAACUAUUCCAAAAGUCACCCAACGAAACGUCUCGCCUCGUCACGUAUCCAAACCUACUAUUCGGUUUCGGUUCCCUCAUCUUUGUGCCGAUGUAUCACAAGAUUGGGCGCCGGCCAGUCAUGCUCGUCUCUGUUAUUGUGUACUGUGCCGGGCUCCUGGGAUGCGCUCUUUCCAGCUCUUACAAUGUACUCUUUGGCUUCCGUAUGCUCCACGCAUUUGCUUGCUCAGUCUGCGAGGCGUUGCCGGCGCAGGCUGUGGCAGACGUUUUCUUCCUCCACGAACGCGGCAAAGCACUUGGCUGGUACACUUUCGCCCUUACCACUGGCACCCUAAGCGCUGUCCCUGCCAGUUACAUGCUCUCUAGUGGGAAGUCUUACAACCUCUUCUUCUGGGUCGAAUUUGCCUGCGGAUGUCUGUUGUUGCUUGGUACGUUCUUCUGCUUUGAGGAAACCAUGUACAUUGGAAGGACAAAGGCUCUAGACACUAGACCGGAUGAUCAUGUUGUCAACUGUGAAAAGGGCGAUGAGCAAAGUGUUCGACAAAUCGAGAGCCGAGCAAGAGAGAGCGAUCCAGAAAUUUCCCAACGAAAGACAUACCGACAACAACUUAGUCUUUUCGACAAGACCGACCCCGAAUCUCCAGUCUUUCUAAUGAUAGUCCGAUCAUUCACAUACUUUAUCGUUCCUCCGGUCUUCUGGGUUUGCACCACCUACGGCAUGAUCAUCGGCCUCGGAGCUCUUGCUUUCACGUCAACCUUUCCAGUCAUCGUCGCUGCGCCGCCAUAUUCCUGGCCAAUUGAAAACACGGGCCUCGUUGCCGUCGCGUCCUUUCUCGGCUACCUUGUUGCUAUGGGCCUUUUCGGUAGGCUGCCUGAUCGAUUUGCAGCAAGGAUGACUAGAAGAAACAAGAAUAUUCAUGAAGCGGAGCACCGCCUUUGGUGCCUUGUCAUGGUAUUCUUGAUAUCCCCCGCAUCGCUCAUUUUGUAUGGGUACUGCGCAGAGAGGCAGUUGCAUUGGAUUGGCCUUGUCUUUGCCAUCGGGAUUUUCCAGUUCGGCUCUUUCUUCUACCUAACGUACACGCUGGCCUACGCUAUGGAUUCAUACGAGGCCAAUAUUCCAGAGAUGUUAAUCGCCAUGAAUGUUGGGAAGCAAGCCAUCUCGUUCGGAUUUGGCUUCGAGGUCAUUAACUGGAUCAUCGAGAAGGGAUAUAUUACUAUGUUUGCGGGCAUUUUCUGUGGUGUCAUGGUAGCUAAUAACCUGGUGGUGUUUAUCUUCCUCGCAUUUGGUAAGUCUAUGAGGAGAUACUUGGGACAGACCCGACUGGGAAAGACGCAUAAGAAUAGCGUUACUUAA